AAUUUCGUAAUUACAAUCCAACAGUUUUGUCCUUUAAGGUGCAUUGUUUAUGAUUGUUGUUCGUGCGACACGAUCACGAUGAUUUUACGAUGCACUGUUGGUUUAUUGGUGUUAUUAGUUUCCGUAAACUGUUUCAACCCUGAUCAACUUUACAAUGAGUCUGGAUACGAAUUUGUGCCAGAAGUGUACCGAAUGGAAGACGUUGAUGAGUGUUCUUCCUUGGGUUAUCUAUAUUGCGAAACUGGCGUCGAAAUAUCCCCCAUAGACAGCAACAAUAGCGUAUGGAAAAUUAUAGAGAAAACUAUAGAAUCAGACGAUUAUUUGCCGAGGAACAUGCUGAGGCGAGGCUUGUGCCUUCCUAAAGAGAUUAUUGCAAACGAACAAGCGGCAAAUAAACUUAUACUUCAAAAAGUGGAGGAUGAAUACAAGAACAUUAACAUGAGUGCCAAGGUGCACCACAUGGAUUGCAACCAAGAGUUUUCAUUUACCUAUUUCGACUUGAAUUUGGUUCUCGUCUCCACCGUUUAUUUAAGUUUUUUAAUUCUGGCAACUUACACAGAUUACAAAACGAAAGACAAAUCCAAAAAUCAUGUUUUAAUUACAUCCUUUUCACUGCUGAGCAACUGGGAGAAGUUUAAGCGUUUACCAACGAGCCCAGAUUAUCAACGAUUGAAGUCGAUGCAAGGUUUAAGGUGCAUGAUAAUGCUUUCGAUUAUUGUAGGCCAUAGCCUGUACAGCCUUAUGUACAGCUACAUCGAAAACUUCAAAGAAAUUGAAAGGAACAUCGGGUCGUAUCCGUUUCAAAUAUUUGCCAACAUGGGGAUGUACCAGGUGCAAAUAUUCCUCCUGAUGUCCGGCUGGUUGUUGGCGCUGCAGGUGCUGACGAUCCAAGACAUGUUCAAGAAGUACACAUUGACUCACGCCUUUUUGAUGUACCUCAAUAGAUUUUUGAGGUUGUUUCCAGUCGUGGGAUUGAUGAUAGCCUUCCACACAUCUAAUAUACCGAUGUUUGUCAUGCAGGGCUCCGCGUUCGCGUCUAAACUGGUGCAACGCACCAAGAACUGCAGGACCAAUUGGUGGAAGACCAUCCUGUUCGUGCAUAACAACGAAUACGCCAGCAAAAUGUGUGAAUCCGGUACUUGGUAUUUGGGAGUCGACAGCCAAAUGUACUUUAUUUGCUUGUUCAUCAUGUACUACAUUUUAAAGCACAAAAAGAGCAUAAUUUCCCUGAUAAAACUGACUGUUGUUUUGUGCGUAAUUUAUGGUUGUAUAAUAUGGUCGCAAAACAUGGCGUUCUUCCUCAGGAUUACUCCACGUCAGUUACAGUUUGGACAAGCGGAGCAGCUUUGGGAUUUCACGGUGCUGUACAUCAGCACCCCAUCCUCAGCUUCCACCUUCGUGAUUGGUAUUAUAUUCGGUUGGGUUUACUACAAAACCAGAAACGUGGAUUACAAAUUGUCUCCGCUUUGGUUUCCCGUUUGGUUGUUGGUUUUUGUAGGUGUGCCUUGGAGUGUUCUGCAUUUUUCCAUGUACAAAGUGUACGGGGUCAAAGCUGCUCUAAUUGGGGCUGUUAUCAAGCCCAUAUUUGCCAUAGGGGUUGGGCUGGGGGUCCUUGGAAUGGCCCACAACCUCGGAGGACCGGUGAAGAGGUUUUUUGAGUGGAAAGGCUUCGAGUAUCUUGCCAACAUCACCUUCAGUUUGUACAUCUUCCAUUUCGACGUUGUCUUUCCUCGAUCUUUGAAGAUAAAUAAGCCAGUUUAUCUUUCAUACCAGCUUUUGUUCAUUAAUUGGGCUUUAGAUAUAUGCACUUCUGUGUUAAUUGGAUUUUCCAUAUACAUGAUUUUGGAGUUGCCUUGUGGUAAUGUUAUAAAGCUCUUCAUGAAGAAGUUAAUGGACAAAGAAAAGAGUAAAGUGAAGAAAGAAGAAUAAUUGUUAAUAAAAAAUGUAUUAAAGCUUAUUAAUAUUAAGACAUUAAAUAAAAUACAUAAAAAAUUAA